AUGAUCUCUGACUCUCCACAAUUUAGUGAUCUUUUCCUUUCUCUAACGGGUAUUUUGAAUUUCGCGGAAUCAAAUUGAACACGGCAUGAACGGGUGAAAAAAACGUUCCGGCUCAGCCAGCAUGUGCGCUCUAUCGCACGCUCGCCGUAAAUAUUUUUUGUUGCGUUUUUUGAACAGAAACUCUACUUGAUUAGCUGUUUACAUUCAACUUUCACCUUUCUUCUGCUAUUUUAUAGCUAAAAAUGAUUUUUGACAUUCAAAUUGACAAAGUAAACCUACUUAUAUCGAUGCUACUCUUGGUAAACGAGUUCAAAAUGUCUUAGCGUUGAAGAUCGCAUUUUCUUCCGUGUUUUCUCGUUAUUCGGUUUGAAUUGAAGAUAUUUAUGGGUAAUUUGAAGGAAAACUGUAUCGUCGAUCUCCUUCGCAGCAGUCGUCACCGGCUUCGACGAGCCAGUCGCCGCCGGUGGCGUCCGGCGCCGAUGAAGACGGUUUGUAGAUUUAUUUUUGAUUUUAGUGUUUGAAAUAUGCUGGUCUUGAUUAGUAUUUCAUUUUUAAAAUAAAAAAAGGUUUCUGAAGAGAUUUGAAAAUGGUCUUAUAAGUGGUCUAAUAAAUUUAUUAUGUUGAGGUUUUUGGAAGUCAAAAAAACUCUUGAUGAAUCGAAAAAAAGUUCAAAAUAGAUUUUUCGACGAAUUUUAAUGAUAUUCGAUCGAAUAAUACCUUUUGGGAAUUGUGUAAAAAUUCGAAAAAUAUCUCGAAUUUCAUGGAUAAAUCUACGUUAAUUUCGUUUAAAAUAGUUUAUAAGACCUUUUUUUGUACACAUAAGAAAGAGUUUCCCUACUUUAGUAGUCAAUUUGAGCUUCAUAAUUUUUUAAAAGCAUAUUUGAGCAUGAAGUUUUCAAAAUCUUCUUCAUUUUCUCCAAGUUUUGCCGAAAAUCCAUAUUCUUUAUUGAAAAAAAGCUCAUAAAUACUCUAAAAAUGUUGUUAAUUAACGUAUAAAAUUUUUCUUAAGCUUACAAAAUCCAUUAAAGUUCAAAAAACUCUAAUAAUACGCUGAAAAAAGUCUUUAGAAUUCCAAAAAUCGACGUAUUUCCUUUUGAACGGAUGGUUAAACAAUAAAAGUCAGUCAUGAAAAGCUCAAAAAAUCCAAAUUAAGAUGCGAGCAAAGAUUCGGAAGAUAUUCUUCGGCCGCCACUUCCCGAGGUGCCGCCUGGAGAAGGGCCCGAUAUAGUUCCCUUGUCGGUCUUGUUGGAUUUCGCCGUCCAGAACAUCUACCACGAGAUCACCGUCUUGUCCGAACUGUAAGUCACAAAAAAAAAUACAAAGCCCUUCAAUUUUUUUCUCUUCAACCAAAAAAGAAGGAAAAUUUUCAGCCGUAUUAACAUUGUAAAAAAACAACAUAUUUUUUUCGUAUUUUUCAAAUUAAUUUUGAGGACAUCUACCAAGAAAUCACCGUUUUGUCUAAAUUCUCUGUACCGAAAAAAAAUCCGAAGUAAUUUCAAAAAAAUGUUUUUGUGAAGACAGAAAAAGUAUAAUUUUAGUCGUCUUACUACUGAAAAAAAUAUUUCUCCCGUAUUUUUUUCGUGGAAUUGGUAAAAAAAUAUUUUUUUAAAGAUUAUCUACAACAAGAUCAAAGUUUUGUCUAAAUUUUUUUAAAUUUUUCAAUUAAAAAAAUUCUAAGCCCUUCCAACAUAAUUUUUUUCCUCAGAAAUUACUAGUUUUAGCCGUUUCUCUUCUGAAAGAAUCAUCAUUCUCGUAUGAAAAUAUAGUGUUAAAAACCAUUUUUUUAAUGACACAUUCGAGAAAAAAAGAUCACAGUUUUGUCUAAAAUUUCAAAUAUACAAAAAAAAUCCAGAGCGCUUCCAACAUAAUUUUUUUCUCAGAAAUUACUAGUUUUAGUCGUUUUUUUGUAAACAUCUUUUUUUGUGUUUUUUUCAAAAAUUUAGCGUUAAACCAUUUUAGAACAUCUACCAUGAGACCAACAUCUGGUCUGAAUUUUCAGAGACGAAAAAAUUCCAAAAUUUUUUUUUCAUGUACAGAGGGCAGAAAAAAAAACGUUAUAGACCUUUUCUCCGUAUUUUCUGAUCGAUCUGGUAUUUAAAUUAUUUUUAAGAACCUCUACCACGAGAGAACUGUCAUUAGUAGGUAACAAAAAAUCCGAAACCAUCCAAAAAAAAAAUGUUUCCACAAUUCAGAAAAGAAUAGUUCUAGAUGUCUUUUCUAGACGUUUUUUUUCUCAUUUAUCUAAAAUUAUUUUUAAGAAAAUCUAGCAUAGUUUUCGAAAAAUAUCUCUAUCCAUAUUGUAGAAAAUAAUGAUUUUAAAGGUCCUUUUUCUCAGUGAAUUCUCGAAAAAAAUUCAGUAUUAAAAAUUUUUUUCUCAAGACUUUUUACCAAAAAGAUCAAGCACUCUGAAAUAACUCCAAAAAAGUGCAGAAUGCAAAAAAAGUCGGACGCCGACAAGAAGAUCUCCCUGGUGCAGUUCGCACAUACGACGCGGCUGAUGUUCAUCAAGCUGCUGGCGUUGGUCAAAUGGCUCAAGUCUUCGAAGAAAUUCGACGCAUGCAACGUUUAUACACCAAUUUCAAAGCAAAACAUUCAAUUUUUCUCGAUUUCCAGUCGAUUUGCUACGUUCUCGAGUCGCAGGCCAAGUUGUACGUCGAGACGGCCGAUCGAAUGGUCGCCAUGACGAGGUUCGGGACAUGAAAUCAAUCAAAAUCGAGAUUUUCCGUGCAAAAACUCAAAAAAUGGUUUUUCCUGUGAGGUUUUGUAACUUUUCGUGCAAUUUUCACGCAAAAAAUCAACUUUUUCUUGAAAAUUUUCUAUUAAGAACGGGUUUUUUUCAUCUAAAAUCAAAUCUAGAUAGGAUUUUUUGUUCCAAAAACCUUCAAUAGAAAGCUGUAAGGAAGUAAGCCUCAAUAUAAUUGAAAAAUAGAGCUUUCUUGAUUCAGAGGAGUUCAACGAAAUCCAAAAAAAAAUUUUCCAUGCAAAAACUCAAAAAAGAAGCUCUCCCUGUUAAAAAUUGUGCUGAAAAAUGGCCAUAUUUUCUACAAAUUCUACCGAAAAAAAAAAUUCUUUUCUUUAAAGUUUCUUAUGAAGAACGGGUUUUUUUUUCGUUUAAAAUCACCUUCAAAAUAAGAUUCUUUUAUAAAUAUAUUCAGAAAAAGCUUCUAUUAACCCUGAAAAGUUGAAAAUUUUGUUUCUUAGAAGUUCAAAGAAGAGCUUUUUCGUUCCAAAGGAGAUCAAUGAAAAUCCCUUUUUUCUUAGGUGCAUUAAAUCAAAAAAAGAGAUUUUCCUGUUAAAAAAAUCGGGCUGAAAAAAAUGACAGCAUUUUUCUAUAAAAAAAGAAUUUUUUUCUUCGAAAACUAUAUAAUUUGAAAAUCAGCUCUUCCUUAAAAUUACACUCGAAAUGGUUGGAAAUGAGCUAUUUGUUAAAAAUAAACUCUGAAAUUAUAUUCUUCUUGAACAUCUUCAUCUAAAAAAAUGCUCUAAAUUUUGCUUCUUUGAAACUCAAAAAGCUUUUUUUCGUUCCGAAGGAGAUCAAUGAAAAUCGAAUUUUUUUCCGUGCAAAAAAACUCAAAAAAAGAGAUUUUCCUGUAAAAAAAUCACAUUGAAAAAAAUGGCCAUAUUUUUCUACAGUUUCUACCGAAAAAAAUUCUUUUCUUUGCAAAAUUUAUAAUUUUUUUGGACAAUUUUUCAAUCAAAAAAAAGCUUUUUUUCCUCGAAAUUUCCUAUUCAUGACGGGUUUUUACUUCUGAAAUAAUAUUCAAAAAAAGGAUUUUUAUCAAAAAAAUCUUCAAUACGAGCUUUUGUACUAAGAAACGUAAAUUUUUGCUUUUUUUAAAGUUCACAUUUUUUUCGUUCUAGAGAAUGUUUUUUUCGUAGAAUAAAUCAAAAAGAGAUUGUAAAAUUUAAUUCUGGAAAACGACAAUUUAUUGCAUUUUGUUUGUCUCAAAAUGAUUACUUUAAAAUAUCACUUUUUUUCCUUUCAAUUUAAACUCGAAAAAAAUCAGCCUUUCCUAAAAAAAUUUUUUUCUAUAAAAAAACAGGUUUUUUUCCUUUGAAAAAUGAGCUCCAAAAUGUUAAAAAAAUGAGCUUAUACUUAUACUAAAAAAAAUUUUUGUGAAUUUGGUUACAUGAAAUUAAAAAAAUGAGCCUUUUUUUGUCCAGAGGAGACCUCCAACUGGCCCGAUUACCUCAUUUCCAAAUCAUGCCGGCCGUCGAAGUCCUCACAAAGGUGAGAUUCGAAAACCGCAAAAAUUUAAAGAAAAUUCGGUUAAGGGAACCUACGACACCCUUCCAAUCUCUAUAAAGGAGACCUUCAUUCCACCGGCGAAAAUUUCGGCGAGGGAUCAGGUAAAAAUUGUGUAAAAAUUGAAAUUUUAAUGGGAAAAGGGGUUGAAAAUUGCUUCAAAAAAGCGAAUUUUUCUCGAAGAAGUACAUAGAAAACGUCUAUAUUUUUGAUCCAAGAAGGAUCUUUUAUAGGAAAAAAAUUCCUAGGCCAAUAUUUUUCUUCGGUUUCUAAAAAUACAUUUUGAAGCCAAAGUUAUAAUUUCGUAUUUAGUUCCGCUUACUACGUAAAAAGGUGGUUCUGAUGCUCAGAAUUUGAUUCGAAAUCAACAAGAAAAAGAUUCAAAGUUAAAUUUUUACUCUUUAUUUUUCCCGAUUCGAUUUCGAAGCUAAAUACCUACGUUUAUUUCUUAUAAAACGCAGAGGCAUGGAAAAACGCGUUUCCUUCCGUUUUGAAGUUUAAAAGUGAGUGAAAAUCAAACUGGAACAGUAUCCCAUGUUCAGCUUUACUUAAAAUCCAGAAAUUUUUACGAAAAAACCUCGUUUUUGAUUUCCAAAAAAAUGAUUCUUUUCCGUUUCGAAGUUCAAAAAAGAGUAAAAAUUAAACUUGAAGGGCAGAAGAUAAAGCCCAAAAAAGUUCCAGCUGUUCUGAACUUUCGAAAAAAAAAUGUUCCUUCUGUUCCGAACUCAAAAAUGAGAGAAAAAAAACUGAUACUUUUCCAAGUUCAUGUUAAACUCUAAUUAAAACUUAAAAUUGGAUUUCCCAAGCCCAAAAAAAGUCUUAACCCUUCAAGAUUUCCAAAAAAGCAGUUCUUCCCGUUCCGAAUUCAAAAACGAGGGGAAAAAAGUUUAAAAAAAAAAAAUCAAUUUUUUUCGAAGCCCGAAAAAAGUCCUAAUCGUUUUCAAAAUGCACAGGCGAACGUCCUCGCCCGCCUCAACCAAGUGAUCGAAUCGAGGAUCUCCCGGAUUUCCUCAACGUUAUCGCCGCGUUACAGAUCGAUCAUCAUCCGGAACGGAACUGUUUGAGAAAAAAUCUCUCUGAAGAAAAAUCAAUUUUUCAGGCGGUUUUAACAGUACCCGGGGAAUUCGAGGUCAUCGUCGGGGUUCUCGGCGAAACGGAGCAGCUGAAGUGGACCUUGAUGAAUAUUAAGGUUGGUUGGAAAAUGGUUGAAAGGAAGAAAAAUGUAGUAUACUUCGAAAAAAGUUAUUUUUUAGGAUAAUGUUUUUAAAUUUUCUCAUUUUUAAUGCUUUCUGUAGGAUACUACUGUUUUUCAUUAUUAGAUAUGUAUAUAUAUACUUUUCAAGUAGAAUUUUUUUUCCAUUUAAUCUUUUUUUUUCUAAAUUUGUUGUCUUCAUUAUUCUUAGAGGACUUUUUCGGAGGGUUAGAAGCGACUUUAGGGAAAAAUCCUUGUCUAUAACAAUUUUUUUUUUUGCUGGGGUAUUCAAAUUUUGCAUUUUCCUAGCUGUUUUAGUAUGAUUGAACUCGAAGAAAAGUUGGUAUAUUUUGUAAAAAGUCAUUUUUAGGACGAUAUUUCAAAUUUUCUCAUUUCGAAUGUGUUUCUGUAGGAUUUUACUGAGUUAUUAUCAUGUAUUUAUAUAUUUCUAAAGCGUCUAGCUUCCAAUUAUUCUAAAUUUCUGUCUUCAUUUUGUUCUAGGGAGUUUUCGAAGGGUUAGAAACAACUUUUGAGGGGGAAAAUUGUCGUUUUCAGUAAGAUUUUUUGUUGAAGCGUUCAAAUUUUGCAUUAUCAUAGCUAUUUGAAAAUCAUAAGAAUAAUUAAAAAAAGAAUUAAAAUAUGAAAUAAAAAGUGAAAAAAAUCAUAAAAAAAGUUGUUUUUUUCAACACAAUAAUUCAUUAAAAAUCUCUCUAUUUUUCUUUUAAAAUGAAAUUUGGAAGAAAAUUGAAAAAUUUUUCUGUUCAUAUUCAUUGAAGGCUCUGAAACUCCUUAAAACAAGUUUUUUUGAGUAACAUUUUUCAAUAACUUUGUAAUUUUUAUUCAGCGCCAAGUAAUACUAUAUACGCAUUUUUAUCAUAUUCUACUUAUUUUCUAAUAGAAAAAUUGUGUGAUUUCUGACAAUUUCACUCAUAAAAUGCCCUUCAGAUGCUGGUGGAGGACUACGAAAUCGGCUACGGAAUGCAAUUGGUGCAUCCGUUGCAGCUCGGCUACAUUCACAGCCAUCUUCAGAGCAGGAUGAACGUUUCUAAAAAUGUAAAGAUUAUGAUAGACUUUCUGUAGUCUCUUUGUUUUUGCUGUUUAGAAGCCUUUUUGGUUUUUAAAACCUCGUCUUUCUUCAAAAAUUGGUUUGAGAAUUCCUUCAGAGCGGGAGGGACGUUCUUAAAAGUGUAAAAAUGAUAUCUAUGAAAAAAGGAAUUUUUAUCAUUUUUCUCAUUUUCGCUUUGCUCUUUUGAAUCAAAACUCGUCAUUUUGGCCCAAAAAUUGACUGAUUUCUCUUCUGAAAGCUCUUAUCUCGUUCUAAAUAUAGGUUUAAAGAAGAUUUUAAAGAAUUUACAGCUAAACGGACAAAGUCCAAACGACCUCAUGAAGAAGAGUCUAAAGCUUUUUUUUGAGUUCCUAAAAGGUGUCAAAAAUUCUUCGGAAUCUCCUUUUUUUUUAGCUCCAAAAAAGUCUUUGAGGCUUUUUUAAGACCUUUGCCCGUGUACAAAAUCUUGAAAACCGCUCAAAUUUGCUAAUUUAACUCUUCUCAAGAACAUAUAAAUCAAUUUUUUGAAGAAUCUCGAAUUUUUUUCAUCAGCUGAACUCAUCAUUUUCUCCUAGAAGUUCCCAACUUCCACUCUAAAUCGUAAAAAAAAGCCAAAAAAACUGUAUUUUUAUUCCAGCCAAUCAAUGAAAUCUACUCAUUUCUGCAUCGUUUCGCCCUGUCCCUUCAGUUGGACGUUUUAUCCUGCCAGGCUUCUCAGUUGGCCGCCGGCCAGUUGCGGUUCCCUACUCCUCAAAAACAGUGAAAAUAAAGAUUGUUGCAGUGACAACAUCGUCAUCGAAAAGUACGAAGAGAAGGAGCGGAAUCUGGUUAUCGGAUAUUGGCUACAAAAUGUCACCAACCGAAGGACCACCCUGGGAGUCCCGAAGUACGUAUAGAAAACGAGAAAUAGUCUUCUCCAAAACAUUAUUUCAGUCUUUAAAUCAGUUUUAUCUAGGUGAUAUCUAGGUGGAGAAGAUGUUGAAAACUUCAAAAGUAUACGAAAGCUCAAAAACUCGGAAACGUUUUGAAAGGUUCAAAAAAAAAUAGCAAAGUUCCAGAAGGAUUCCUAAGCAUUUCGAAUUUUAAGUAAAUCUUGGAAAUAUUCUAGAAGUUCUAUUGAAGUCUUGGAAAGCUUUAUAAGCCUUGAAAAGUUCAAAUAUGGCUUAAGAAUUUCAAAAAUACACCAAGAGCCUUCUAAAAAUCUCGAUUUUCUCAUAGAAAAUCGAAAAAAUUCACUUUUUUUAAUACCGCGUAUGAAUAUUUCGAAAAAAAUCUCUUGAAAAAAAUUAAAUAUUAAAAAAAUAUCUAGUAGCUCUACUGAAGUCUCAUAACAUCUAGAAAGUCUUGAAAGGUUCAAAUAUGGCUUUGAAAGCUCAAAAAACACCAAAAAUCUAAAAGUUUCAAUUUCCACAUAGAAACCGCCGGAAAAAUUAUUUUUUCAGAAUCUCUAUCAAAUCGCUUGAAAAAGUGAAUAUUAAAAAAAUCUCCCAUAGUUUUACCAAGGUCCCGUAACAUCUAGAAAGUCUUGGAAGGUUCAAAAUAGCUUCAGAAGCUCAAAAAACACCAAAAAUAUUCCAGAAGUCUCUAUUUCACAUAUGUGGAAACCGUCGGAAAAAGUUAAUUUUGAAAAAUCUAUAAAAAAAAAUCACUUCUACCCUAUUUUGAAAGUCUUUAGUGGUUUGAAUAUGCUUUAGAAGCUGAAAAAUACACCAAAACCCUUCAAAAAAGCUCAAUUUUCUCAUAGGAACCUUCGAAAAAGUUAUUUUUACAGAAUCUUUAUCAAAUCGCUUGAAAAAGUGAAUAUUAAAAAAGUUUCCGAUAGCUCUAUUAAAGUCUCCUAACAUCUUCAAAGCCUUGAAAGGUUAAAAUCUGAUUUUAGAAGCUCAAAAAUACACCGAAAAUCUUCUAGAAAUCUCAAUUUUCUCAUAGGAACGUUCGAAAAAGUUAUUAUUACAAAAUCUCUAAUAGUUAUACCAUAUCUUUAAAGUCUUUAAUGGUUGGAAUAUGCUUUAGAAGCUGAAAAAAACACCAAGAACCUCGCAGAAAUAUCAAUUUCCUCAUGGGAACGUUCGAAAAAGUUAUUUUUACAAAUUUUUUAAUACUUCUAUUGAAGUCCCAUAACAUCUUAAAAGUACUGAAAGGUUUGAAUAUGGCUCUAAAAGCUGAAGCUCCAUAAAAACCUCAGAAAUCUCAAUUUCAUGGCCUCGAAAUCUCAAAAAUCUCCCAAAAAGCUCAAAACUUCGAAAAUCAAUUUUAAGGGCGGUUCCCCAAUACCGAGUACAAAUCUUCGCCGACAAGGAAGACCCCCAAGGAGGUUUGAAAGUCCGGCAUUUCCCUCAUGCUCCACACUUGGGCACACUGGACACCAGGACUGGGUUUUUUCAAACUACCAAAAAAUGAGAGUCAAAAAAAAAUUCCAGUCGAUUAUCGAUCCACCGGCUACUCUCAGAGACGUAUAUCGUUCGGUGUCGCGAGAAACUUCUCCGAUUGAGGCGGAUUCUGGAUAAUGCGGAUCCUACGUUGCAGAUUCAGUUGACCGGUAGGUUUUAGGGAGGAAAUCGGGGGAAAAAAUGGUUUUGGGGUCGGAAAAUCACAGAUUUGUUGAGAAACUUGUGACACAACUCUGUUAAAAAUUUUUUUUCUUAUCAAGUUUUUGAUUCUUUUUUCUCACCAAAGUGUACAGAAGACCUGAAAUUCCUCAAGAAGGUCAAAAAAAUAGGUCGUUAUGAGGUUCUAGAGCUUCCAAAAAAACGCAGAGCAAAAAUGAAGGAAAAUAAUUUUUCUGAACAGUUUUUAAGUGUCUUUUUUUCGUUUCUACUGAGAUUUGAACUGGAAAAAAAGAUUUAAAAGGCUAAAUUUUGGAGUUCAGCAUUAAUUUUUCAGGCUGUGCGGUACCUUCCCUGACGAUUCCUCUGAUAAACGACAGCGAAAUCGUCCGCGAGGAAUGUCUCGUCGUUUCCGUCAACGCGUUCACGGGGAAAAUCAUCUCGAAAAAUCAGCACGUUGCCAGGUUUCCCGCUGAUUUUUCUUGCUAG